AAAGUUUCAAACGUCUUCAGGUCUUUGUACGCACUGUAUAAUGUCUGGUAGAGGGAAAGGCGGUAAAGGUCUUGGAAAGGGUGGCGCGAAACGUCAUCGUAAAGUACUUCGCGACAAUAUCCAGGGUAUUACAAAGCCCGCCAUUCGUCGCUUGGCGCGUCGUGGGGGUGUGAAGCGGAUCUCUGGCCUUAUCUAUGAGGAGACAAGAGGAGUGCUAAAGGUCUUUUUAGAAAAUGUCAUUCGCGACGCAGUCACGUACACCGAGCACGCAAAGCGUAAAACUGUCACUGCUAUGGAUGUUGUGUACGCCUUAAAACGGCAGGGACGCACACUGUACGGCUUCGGAGGUUAAGAUUUUUUCGCUCCUGUGCCUACUUGUCACCCCCCACCCCC